UAGUGCAUCACUUCCCCGCUCCAUAUUCUGGGCAUUGUAUUGUGGGAUUAAGGAGGAAUGUGUUAGACUGCGUCUUCCGGUGUUUCUCAGGAAAUGACGAGCCAAUACAAACAGAGACGUCCUGACAGAAGGAAGGUUUUUGUAUAUAAGGGACGAGGAGAAUCGCAAGAUGUUUACCGAUCUGGAUUAUGAACUAGAGGAAGAUAAGCUGGGGAUCCCCACAGUCCCUGGGACAGUCACCCUCAAGAAGGACCCUCAGAAUCUGAUUGGGAUCAGCAUUGGAGGAGGAGCUCAGUACUGUCCCUGUCUCUACAUCGUCCAGGUGUUUGACAACACGCCGGCAGCGCUGGACGGCACUCUGGCUGCAGGCGAUGAGAUCACCGGGGUCAACGGCAAACCGGUCAAGGGCAAGACCAAGGUGGAGGUCGCCAAGAUGAUCCAGGCUGUGAAGGAGGGGGAAGUUAACAUCCAUUACAACAAACUCCAGGCUGAUCCGAAGCAAGGGAAGUGUCUGGACAUAGUUCUUAAGAAGGUGAAGCACCGCCUGGUGGAGAAUAUGAGUGCAGGAACAGCAGAUGCUCUGGGGCUGAGCAGAGCCAUCCUGUGCAAUGACGGGCUAGUGAAGAGGCUGGAAGAGCUGGAGAGAACGGCAGAGCUGUACAAAGGGCUUAUGGAGCACACCAAGAGACUACUGAGGGCUUUCUUUGAACUGUCCCAGACACACCGAGCGUUUGGAGACGUGUUCUCUGUGAUUGGAGUCCGGGAGCCCCAGGCUGCUGCCAGCGAAGCCUUCGUGAAGUUUGCAGAGGCACAUCGCAACAUUGAGAAGUUCGGGAUCCGACUACUCAAGACCCUCAAGCCUAUGCUGCAUGACCUGAAUACCUACUUGAACAAAGCAAUCCCAGACACCAAACUCACCAUCCGGAAAUACCUGGAUGUUAAAUUUGAAUACCUGUCUUACUGCUUGAAGGUCAAAGAAAUGGACGACGAGGAAUACAGCUGUAUAGCUCUGGGAGAGCCGUUAUACCGGGUUGCCACUGGGAACUAUGAGUACCGGCUGGUCCUGCGCUGCCGGCAGGAGGCCCGAGCGCGAUUUGCCAAGAUGAGGAAAGAUGUGCUGGAAAAGAUUGAACUCCUGGACCAGAAGCACGUCCAGGACAUUGUGUUCCAGCUGCAGCGCUUCGUGUCGGGGAUGUCCCGGUACUAUGACGAGUGCUAUGCAGUGUUGAAGGACGCCGACGUGUUCCCUAUCGAGGUGGACCUGUCCCGCACCAUGCUGAACUACGGGGGACAGAGAGAGCUGUAUGCUGAGGAUGAGGACGAGGGGGAUGAAGAACAGCCUGAGGAGGGACAGGGGGAGCUGGGGGACGGAGAUGCCAGGCAGGAGGAGAACGGAGAAAAACUCAUCGAUGAUGAUUAGAACAGAGUAUCUUUAUAUAAAUAACACAAACUCAUUAUUAUUAUCAUCGCCUGCUCACAGCUUUAUUUAUUUAUUGGAAUGGAAGGCAGGGAGGGAAUUACUUGGGGAAACAUUAUACACUCAAUCAUCUUGUACCUUGUUUUAACUGACUGGGUCUCAGAUUCAUUUUGACUCAAAAUCUGUACGUUACGAAAACACAUACCAUUUUAUAUAUUUAUGAACCAAUUCAUUUGGAAACAAGGCAUUGGAGACUGUGAUCAAACAACAGAUUGGUUUGCUUUAACCUGCCCUUACUGUCAGCUUAGCCACGAUACAUGUUUGCAGGCACUCCAUUGUUCUGUAGAUCUCCUGGCAUUCAUUUGAACACAUUAUGCUAUUUCAAUUUAACUUAACUUGGGUUAAUGCAAUUUUGUAUUUAUACUGCAGUACAACUAUUUUACCAUUUAAUGAUAUAAAGCUGAUAUGGGGGGGGGGGGGGUACAGUUGUAUUUAUUUUUCUGUUCUAUGAGAGUUGUGCUUGAAGGAUAAACAGGAUGUACUCUGCCAGUAGCCGGUAAAUAUUACCUUUCAGUUUUCAAAAGUGGAUCUCGAACUGCAACUUCAGUAACAAGCUGCAACACUCCUGCCAUUCUGAAGCGGAGACAUUCAGAUUUUUUCUUUUAAAAACAUAUUGGUUUAGUGUAGUAAUAUAUUAUUUAUCCUUUGAUACAGCAGUCCGUGUUUAACUGCAGUCUUCAAGCGUUUGCACUGGGGAUGCCCUUUUCCCACUUGAAUUUAGGUUUGCAUCUCUGUCAACACUAACUGUAGCCUGUUGCACAUCUUUAAUGAGCACCCAAAAUAAAUGAUCUCUGAUCCCAGGUGAGCGUUCAGAUUGUUAUGUGAUUUUUAGCCUUUCUUUAUAUUUAGUAUUUGCUUGUUUUUCUUUCCAAGCUUUAAGUAUUCAGUAACAUACUUUUAUUUGUGUAAAUACUCUCAAGGGUUUCAUUGUAAUGGGAGCACUGUAUAUAUUUCUCUCUAUAGUAUAUAUCAUUGUCUGCCUGGCUGUGUGAAUGUAUUUCAUGUGGGGUUGAUUGGGGAACAAUGUUGUCAUGUUUUUCUUUAUUUUGUGUUGAAGUUGGUUUUCAGUUUGUGUUAGUGAUAUUUUAAAACACAGGUGAAUAAAAUACUGAUGAAUAAA